AUGGCUUCUGCUUCGACCACUCAAAGUAUGUCACGCCUUGAUGACGAUCAACCUGCAUUCAUCUACGGUACUGCCUGGAAGAAAGACCAAACGAAGAGGCUGGUGAAGGAAGCGCUCGCUAAAGGUUUUCGUCGUGUCGAUACAGCUGCACAGCCACGGCAUUAUCAGGAAUCUUUGGUUGGAGAAGCGCUCCGUGAAGCGAUUGAGGACGGCAUCUUAGAGCGAAGGGAACUCUAUUUACAGACAAAGUACACCACUCCUGCCGGCCAAGAUCUGAACAAUAUGCCCUACGAUCCUGAAGCGCCCUUGGACACCCAGAUACACAUAUCUGUCGCCUCUUCUUUGAACAACCUGCGGCAUGAUGGCCAUUCCGAGAGUGGUUCAUACAUUGACUGCUUACUUCUUCAUUCGCCGUUACCUACUAUUGACCAAACACUGCAAGCUUGGCGGCUACUCGAGUCGUACGUGCCUCAUAAAAUUCGAUCUCUCGGUAUCUCCAACGUCACUCUCCCCGUUCUUGAAACUAUAUAUGAGCAUGCUACAGUUAAGCCGGCGGUUGUCCAGAACCGCUUCUACCCUCAAACGCGCUACGAUGUACCGCUACGCGCCUUCUGCCGAGGACACGGUAUCAUGUACCAGUCGUUCUGGACUUUGACCGGAAACCCUUCUCUUCUCAGGUCCAAGCCCGUUGCCGCAUUGGCUCAAACGACGAAUAUCGGACUGCCAGUCGCACUUUACGCCCUUGUCAUGGAUCAAGGAGUCAUGGUAUUGAAUGGAACCACUUCGAGUGAUCACAUGCAGGCGGAUCUGGAAGGUAUUCGAAAGGUGUGUGAGUGGUCGGCGUCGCACCGUGCUGACUUCGAGUCCAUCAGCGAUGACUUCAAAGCCUUGGUUAGAUGA